UUGCGCCGGAGCCGGUCACGGGUUAUAAUCCUGUGUGUCGCUUGCGUGUGUCUGUUGGUGGUUUACACGAUUUUGGCUGGUCGACUGAAGAAGACCAAGAGUUGGACAUCAAGGCUACCAGACAAGUUCAGCACAGUUUCGUCAGAUCGAUGGAUAGUUGUGACAACCAUCUUCGACCCCACACCAGACAUCAAGUUCAUGGCAGAGAUACCCGGGUGGAAGCUUGUUGUUGUCGGAGACACCAAGACUCCAAAGGACUGGAGACACAAAAUUGUGAGGUAGUUCAACAGUCGCACAGUUGUCCCAGAUGAAAUACUCCACGAUCCACCUUCUCUGCGCCUUUGGUUGCGGUCUGAUCUUCUCCUAUGUGUUUCUCAGCAACCCCGUUCUACAGUCACAGACGAGGAUUCAGGUCCAACAAGACUGCCCGGAUGGUGUCAAGUUACGCCCUGUGGGAAUUGAUGCCCGAAACAUCCUCAGCGAACACAGAGAGACCGUCCCCAAAGUUGAUACCCAUGAUGUUGGAAAAUGGCGUGAUAUCAGCAAAAUCAGAGUCUUGUGCUGGAUAAUGACUGCGCCAAAGAAUUUGAAAUCCAAAGCUCAAUAUGUCAAGGAAACGUGGGGAAAACGAUGCAAUAAGCUCCUGUUCUACAGCUCCACCACUGAUGAAUCCUUCCCUACCAUUGGUCUUGGCGUACCCGAAGGAAGGGAACACCUUACCGCUAAAACAAUGCAAGCCUUCCGCCAUAUUUAUGCAAACCACCGGACCGAAGCGGACUGGUUUCUUAAGGCGGACGAUGACACGUAUGUCCUGGUAGACAACUUGAAAUAUUUUUUAUCCAAACAAAAUAAAAACGAAGCAGUAUAUUUUGGGAACCAUUUCAAGCAUUAUAUCCCGGAAGGAUACAACAGCGGAGGUGCUGGUUACGUCUUGAGCUAUGAGGCUUUGAAAAGGUUCGGCGAAAGGGGAAGUAACUUGUGUUCCAAAGAUGGCGGCGCCGAGGACGCAGAGUUCGGCAAAUGCCUUGUGAAACUUGGUGGGAAAGUUGGUAGAUCCCUGGAUGAGGAGGGGAAGACGACAUUUCAUGCGUAUCAUCCUUUGACACACAUGGCAGGCGCGUAUGCACAGUGGGUGAAGUCUCAUACUGUGCAUGGAGCAAGAGCAGGCGCAGGGAACAUCAGUAGUUUUCCCAUUACGUUUCACUAUGUCCGAGGAAAUGAGAUGCUGGCUCUAGACUUCUAUAUAUACCACGUGAAACACGCUAGCGGUGGGGGAAUGGAUUGAAAUGGGGGAAAGGAGGUUUAGUCAGACUCUCAGCUAUCUAGCUCUGACUCACUUGUCAGAGGUACACAGAAAAUUCUUGAUAUCAACUAUCUGUUGUCAGACUUCCAUUUCGUGGGAACCGGAGUGGCUGUGGGUACAAUAUUACGUUGUUGAACGAACCACUCAGCAAUAGUCCAGCUAUAUGGCGGCGGUCUGUAAAUAAUUA